AAACCUUCACACCAUUCUUCACAGUAGCUCCUCGCUGGCGCCCAGGCACCGUUCCAAAAACAGAAGUUCCAACAGGUCCUGGUCCUACCUUCCGAGGACGGAAUUUUGCAAAAAAAAAAUCCGCACUUCCUCAAUCAGAAUGACCGGCGGACUGUUCGCCAGCUUGGGCAACGAGCAAACACCCGUUGCGGAUCUGUUCCAAAACUGGCGGACGCUUUACCACGAAAGCCACAUCGAGGGAACCCGGCACAUCCUGCAGCUUUGCGUUGACAUCACCGGCUAUUCGUACGCGAUCAAGCCCGAGGACGUCGAGAUGUCCGGGAGCGACAUGCUCAACUUUGUCCAGGAGAAUGUCGUUAAAUCGAACUUCCAAGAAGUGAACGUGUUCAACAAGCCGGCGGUUCUGGAACGUUUGUUCAAACUGCUGGAGAUGAUGAUUGUGCACGACUCACAGGAACUGCUCCAGAACAAUUUCUGGCUAAACCGGAUGAUAAUGAUGAUGGUUGCGUUUAGCGAGGCGGACGAUGACGAGUGUAACAUGGUGGGUGGAUGUCUGAGUACUUUCCUGCUGGUCCACAUUUCCGCUGUCCGGCAGAACGUUCAGAAGGAGCUGGAGAAAACGUACCUGGACAACGAUGAUUUGAUCGAUGAAAUCGAACGGCGCGAAAGAAACUUGUACAAGUGCUGCAAGAAGCUCAUCCGUAAUAUUGAGAUUGUGCACCGAUUUACGAUCACGCUGCCCACAAUCUCCGAUCUGUACUGUCGGUUGCUGGUCGCCUAUCCAGGUUUCUACGUUGAGAAUGGCGUUGGGAUGAAGGUGCUCCUGAAGCUGCUGCAAUGUCGUCACGCCCGAACGUACGCGCUGGUCGUCAACUGCUUCAAGAGCCUGCUCAAUCCGGAAGCUCAGUCCAAGGAGGUAGUCGGAGCAGUGACCACAUUUUUCGUCGAAUCGGCCCAAGCCUUCUUCGUGCAAGGACUGCUCAAUCACAAAUCGUACGAGAAGCAAGCGUUGGAAGUCGUUCUCCUCAUCCAGAACCAGUUCCAGGGUCGAACCGUGUUCGACAAAGACGUCACCGACAAACUGCGCCAGUUUAUGUUCAACGCGGACGACCAGGUGCGAGGAUACGCGAUCGAUUUCCACGUGAGCACCCUUUGCCGGCCGGAAGACGACCAGACCAAGGACGGCGAUAUUCUGUUGCAUAUCCUCAAGCUGUACGUUACCUACGAACACUCGAUCGAAUCGCUCAAGUCCCUCGUAACGUACCUCUGGCAGUUGGACUUUUUCGAGACUUGGGAUGUUCUGUUUGAUCUGUUGACCGGGGAAGCCGCCCGCGAGGAUAACUUCUUCCUGGUGUACUCCCUCGUACUCGUAGUCAACCAUUGUCACGGACUACUUAUGCAGAGUUUCGAAAGCCAGGAGCAACAACCCGUUGAUCGGGACAAUUUGCGGCGCCUGGUCAAGUCUUUCAUGCGCAGGUACCCGGAAGCGUUACGCAGCUGCAUCCGGUACGAGUGCGCUUACUCGGAACUGCUGAAGCCGGCCUCCGCCGAGCAUCACCGCAAAAUUAUGCGCCUCAAGGUUGACGUUCAACCUUACUACGAGGCGCUGUUUGACGUGCUGGAAACGGUCGCCCGAACUGGGACCGACUUCUGCAUGUUGGUCGCAAAUCUAAAGGUCAUUCGCAAGUACGGCGCCGUGAUCGUCGAUACGGAACAAAUUUGGUCCGAACUGAUGACCAGCUCCGUGAGCGCAUUCAUCGAAACUCGCCACAAGAUCACCAGUGUAAACGUCGGCAAAGACCCGCUGGUCAAAGAAUCCUAUUACCAGUGCAUGGUUCGUGUGACCGCGAUGUUAGAGCUGGACCACGACAUCGGCCACACCAACCUGAACACGUUGAUGACGAUGGCCGUUAACGAUUUCAACCUGCUCGAAAAAUUCAAGUUCAACCAAAUUCAAACCGCCAUGUUCUAUCGCUUCUACAAAAGCGUCUUCUACACGCUGCUUCACGCCUACCAAUCCCCACCGCCAGCGGACAGUGGAAUCAUCCCGGACCUGCCCCGCUUCACCGGGCAGCGUCUAAAGCGACGCGUGCUAGCACUCCUCCGCGUACUGAUCAAUCAUCUCGGCCAGUACGACGAACCGCUCGAGGUGUGCCUGCACCAGUUCACCACACUGUGCGACAUGCUCCUGAUGACCCAAACCAGCAUCGCCGAGCUGGACAUCGCUGAGUUGGCGCACUGCGAGUACAACGUUGAGGCGACCCUGCUCGAACGGAUGGCCAAAUAUCUGCUCAACUAUCUGAUCUCGAAGGAGUACGAUGUCCACGAGCUGGCCGAGCAGAAGCAGAAGCAACUGCUCGAAAAGUACAUUGCCCUGUACCGGAACCACCGCUCGUUGCCCCGCAUCACCGACACGUACCACAUGGUGGCCAACUUUUGCUUCCCGACGCUGUUCGAGCCGCAGCUGAAGCGACUCAUGGUCGUCCUGUACCGGACCGAUCCGGCCCAGUUUUGCGAGGUCAUCUCGCAGGCCGCCUUCCAGCUGCUGCUGUUUUACAAGUCGGAACCGAGCGUCAAGAACCUGUUCAAAAAGUUCCAGGCGUUUGCCGAGGCCGAGCUGACGGAGCACGCAGACGAAAGUGCCAGCGUGGUUUCGCGCGUCGUCGAGAAGAUUCUGAACUACAUGAUGGCGGCGGUGAUUGGAAAUGCGGAGAAUGCUCCCGGCGCCAAGAAGAUGCUCAAGCUGAUCGAACCGAUGCUGCCGGCGAUGCCGGCUGAGGAGCUGGUCAAGAUGGAGCACCUGCUGGUGCGACGGCAGGAGUACGAAACGCUGGAACCGGCCGAGCGCAAGGUAAUCGACAAGUUUGUGCGGCACUUGCGGAAGUGCGCGGAUGCGUAAGUUUUGCUUCGUUUCAAUCGCCAAGACUACACUGAUUUUUUUUGUAGCUAAGUUUAAACGCGACUUCACAAGUUAACUA